CAUCCACUGAUAAUGCACUGGGUUUCAGUUCUUAGAAAUGAGCAGACUCCUUGCCCUAUGUUUACCUAGAGCACUCAAGCAUGGUUGUGUGGUAUUUGAAUCCUACAGUGAAUUCAAAUGAAAAAUAGGAGAAAGGUGGAGGAUCAGAAAGAGAAUUGGUAGCACAUACUUAUGAUAGGGUAUGUCUUGGUUUAUGUUUCACAACUGGUGGAAUGAGAAAAGCUUUUUCAUUCCAACAAAACCCCGGCCCUAAUGAAUGAAUAACCUGGAGUGAUUGAAUGCACAUGGAAAAUGAAACAUUUGUCUCAUUUACUGCUGUUCAACCUUUGGAGGAAGCCGUACACUAAAAAUGCCAUGGCUGAGUUAGGGAGGCUGCUCAUGUAUGAAGCAUCAAGGGAUUGGCUGCCUACCAUAACAGGGGAGAUUCGGUCACCAAUGGGUCCUGCCUCUGUAGAAUUUAUUGAUCCAAGGGAACCUGUGGUGAUUGUUCCUAUCUUGAGAGCUGGUCUUGCUCUAUCAGAAUAUGCAUCAUCAAUUUUACCGGCAACAAAAACAUACCAUUUGGGUAUUAGCAGAGAUGAGGAAACACUUCAGCCAACUGUAUAUUUGAACAAGUUACCUGAAAAAUUUCCUGAAGGAUCUCGAGUAUUUGUUGUAGAUCCCAUGCUGGCAACCGGUGGUACAAUAGUUGCAGCUCUUAACCUGUUAAAGGAACGGGGGGUUGAUAACAAGCAAAUUAAAGUGGUAUCUGCUGUUGCUGCUCCUCCGGCCCUUCAAAAGCUCAGUGAGAAUUUCCCUGGGCUUCAUGUAUAUGCUGGAAUCAUUGACCCCACUGUUAAUGACCAAGGGUUCAUAAUUCCUGGACUUGGAGAUGCAGGAGACCGUAGUUUUGGUACAUAAAUCCACCGAAUUGUAUGUCUACCCAAGUCCUUUUUUUUCUUUUUUCUGUCAUUGAUUUCCUUCAAUUUGGCAUUUUGAGCAUAUAAUCAAUUGUGGAUCUACUUUUCUGUUUUACCAUUACCAAGAACAUGAAAACUCAUGAUGCAUUAUUAUACGGGCAUUAAUAUUCUUUUUUCGUGUGCUAAAUGGAUCAUACACACAUGUAAUAGAAGCAGUCUGAUUACCAAAA